AUGUCUGACCCUCCUAUUGACCCUGAUCAAUUUUCCCGAGAGGGUUCAAUCACCAAAACCUACUACCGAGACGUCUACCCUGCCAUUGACCCAUCCAAGCCAGAAUUCUCUCAGAAAGACAAAGUGACAAUUAUCACAGGCGCAGGAAAGGGAAUUGGAAGAGCAAUUGCACGAAGCCACGCAGAGUCUGGCGUGAAGGGAUUGGUCCUCAUUACCUUAUCCGAGUCCUCUGCAGCGGAGACCAAAAGCAUCAUCCAAGCAGAGUUCCCCUCGGUCGAGAUUCUCACGCUUCCCACCGACAUUGCUGAUGAAAAGGCCGUGUCCCGAAGCUUCGACGCCAUCAAAGACACAUUCGGAACGGCUCACACCCUAGUCAACAACGCUGGAGUUUUUGCGCCUGGUGCCCCGAUUGCGGAAUCCGAUUCAGCCACUUGGUGGAGCGACUUUGAAAUCAACGUGCGCGGUACAUACCAUGUGACCGCGGCCUUCUUGCGUUUGACCGCACAAACACCAGAGGUUAAGCCCACGGUGGUAAACCUGAUCAGCACAAUCGCGUUGACACCUCCGACACUGAGCAGUUACUUCAUCAGCAAGCUAGGCGUGGCCAAGCUAACUGAGUUUGUCACCGUCGAAAACCCCCACGUCACGGCCUAUAGUCUGUCACCGGGUAUUGUCUUGACGAGCAUGACGCUGGAUUCGUUCAAACCAUUUGCCAAGGACACAGCUGAGCUCACUGGUGCUGUGACGGUAUACCUGGCGGCUAAACGCCCCGAGUAUCUUAGCGGCCGCCACCUAUCCGUCAACUGGGAUUUGGAAGAAUUGGAGACCCGCCAGUCUGAGUUCUCUUCUUCGAAUAAGUUGAAAAUUGGUCAAUUCGUUUGA